AUGUUUCAAUCAAAAGAAAUUCUUCUUUUAUUGAUUUUCACUUUUCUCGAUAUAACAACAGGAGAAGAAUGUCUUGACACAAACUAUGCUGUAUCGAAAUGUGAUAAAAAUAAAGAAUAUCAAUGGUUGAUCGAAGUACCGACUAAUAAAGAAGUAUGUAAAGGAAAAUCAGUGAGUCAGCCUAAAGCUGUUGAAUGCAAUUUCGCUUGUCCAAAAGGACAAACAUUUGAUAGAGAUAAACUUAAAUGUAAAGAUUGUACUUCAGGAACAUUUUCACUUGGUGGUGGUCAUCAAUAUACAUUUAAUGAAGACGAUGAUCGUGAAAAAACAAUGCCAGAACUUUCCCUUAAAAUAGGAUCAGUGCUUUCCACAUACGAAAGUGAAUGUAAAGGAAAAGAACUUUGGAAAGUGAAAGGAAAUAUACUACAAGGUGAUGCACAACGUAAUUGUGCUAUUUAUCUCUCACUUCAAUUUAAACUUGAACGAGCUGGAUCAAUCACUAUAGCAUAUAAUUUAGCCACAUCAUACGUUUUUGGAUCCAUUACAUCACGAUGUGAUUUUAGUAUUACAGAUAAGGAUAAUGAUGAUGAUAACGAUGAUGAUGAACGUGAUUCAAAAAAACGUUCUUUUUUAGUUCUAUACCCAACAGGUUAUGGUAUUUGGAAAGAUAGAAAAAUUGAUAUUAAUGCACCAGGAGAGUAUAUACUUUCAUUGUAUACUGUUGGUCUCAAUGCAUUCCAUUUUCCAUUAUCAAUUCGAUCAAUUGUUGUUGAAGGAAGUUCAUUCCUUCAAGACUGUAUUCUAUGUCCAAAAGGUAAAAUACAUAAUAGGAGUUUUUAUGAUAGGUAUGCAUUUGUUUUAGGUACAUAUGCUUCAAAAUCGGGUUCUACUACUUGUAAACCAUGUGCAAGCAAUACUUAUGCACCACUUGAAGGUUCCACUCAAUGUUUGUCUUGUAAAAGUAAUGAAUAUGCAGAUGAAGGAUCAGCAGAAUGUUUACCAAGGCCAAAAUGUGAAUUGAAACAUUAUCAACAAGUAUUUAUUGGAUGUGAUAAAUCUGAUACAGCAACAAUUAAAUAUGAACCUAUUCAACCAAAAGUUUGUAUAGGUGAUCCUCCUUCUACACAAGCAACACAAUCAACUUGUAGAACAUGCAAUCCUGGUAUGUAUAAAAACACUGACAGUGGCCUUUGUGAAUUUUGUCCACAAGGAACUUAUUCGGAUGGAACUUUAAGUGAAUGUCGUAAAUGUAAAAGUGAAUUAUCAGUAUUACCUGGUUUAUAUUAUAAAAAUUGGAAUGAACUACCAAUGUAUUUUAAUAGAAGUUAUAUGUCUUUUUAUGAAAGUAAAGCUUUAAAUGGAUUGGUUCAGGAUCAAAGUUGGAUUCCAAGUAUAGCAUAUAUAUCAUCUCAAGCACUUCCUGAUGUAUUAUCUAUAUUAAGUUUAAAUAUUGUUAAAGGUUUUCGUUUAACAGAAUUAGCACGAGCUAAUAGACAAUUUGGAACAUUAUAUUUUACAUUUUCAAUUCAAUGUCAAAAAUCAUGUACAUUGUUCUUAGUUUCUCUGGAUACGUAUGCUCAUGAUGAUGAUUGGUCCGUUAUUCAAAAAUGGAAUGUAAAACACCAAGUUGAUCAUACAGAUAUUGUUAAUUAUACACAUUCAAUUCAAAGUUCUGAUGAAAUUACAUUUAUUUGGCUUUUUACAUCAGAUAAUACAGAUGAAGGUGUUGAUGAAAUUCGUAUUUAUGAAAUUUUUGUUACAAAUACAGUACUUGGAGGAUCUGAUCGAUGUGUUAGUUGUUUAACCACAAAUAAUCAAGAAACCGAAUGUAAAUCAUGUGCUCCUGGUCAUAUUUUAUCAAAUGGUACAUGUGUUCAUUGUCCAUCAUCUACAAUGGCUAGUCGCAUGCGACCAAACGAUCUUGUUCCAACAAUAUGUAAGCCAUGCAUGAAUAAUACAAUAUCAGAUGAUGGUAUUUCAUGCUAUAUUCCAUGUAAACAAGCAUUUAAUGGAAGUAUUCAAUAUGAUUUAAAUGCAAUAUCAACUGUUGAAUUUCAUGGUUCAAAAUUAUUCACACAAAAAGGUAGUGGUUAUUUUCAUGUAUUUAAUGCAAGCAUUUGCGGCAAAACAAGUGUUACAUGUGGAAAAACAUUAACAUUAGAUGAAUUACAACGUUCAAAAAAACAAACAAAAAUUGAAUCGAAAUUAUGUCGUAUGGGUACUAUACCAAAUAAAAAUGAUACUACAACAUCUGUGGCCUAUGUUGAUGAUUUUGGUGAACAAUUAUUAAAUGUGACAUUAUCGACAUCAAAAUAUUUUCCACCUCUUCGUUCCGAUUAUAAUUUAACUGAUAUAACACUUGUUUAUCGUGCUAAUACAUCAACAAGUCAAACAAGUUGUUCUGAACGUAUUACAUUUUUAUCAUUACGUUGUGAUCAUCUAUUAGAUGAUGAAAAACAAAAUUCAUCAAUAAAAUAUAAAUUACAAACUCCAAAUGAUUGUGUAACAGGUACUUGUGAUGGAUGUAUAUUUUAUUUUCUUUUACGAACACCAUUUGCUUGUCCAAUAUGUGAUAAUGAUACAAAUGGUUAUCGAACAUUUUUUGGUCCAUGUAAAUUUGGUAGACAAGAAGUUCGAAAAAUACCUUAUCCAUAUUGUUCACAUAAUUUAACUGAAACAGUUGAAACUCAUCGAUGUUCUAUUUUAUCAUUAGAACUUCAAAUAAUUUUUGGUGUAUUUAUUAUAAUUGCAGGUAUAUUAAUAUUAAUAGUUAUUAUAUGUUGGAGAAAAAAUCGAAAACUUGAAUAUCGUUAUAUGCAAUUAAUUGAAAAUACAAAUCCAGAUGAUGAUACACCAGUUGAUAAUGUUUGUGCACAAUUAAGUGAUGAAGAAGAUUCAGGUGAUGAAGUACAAUUUAAAUCACAAUCACGAGCAAAAAAAAUUAUGAAUGUUGUUCGUAAAGCUAUACGAAAAAAUCCUAACAAUGGACGAGCUGAAUCGUUCGGUCGUGACAGUUAUUUAUUGACGAGUGCAUCAACAGAUGAUGCUUGA